AUGAAUAACUGCAUAAAUUGGAGCUCUGAACCUGAAUUUCACAUUGUCGCCUUCUCAAUGUCUUCAGUUGGACAGCUUUACUUCUUUUUGGGAUUAUUGAUCAUUUAUCUGAUGGCUUUUUUUGGAAACUUGAUAAUUAUAAUUCUUGUGUGUUUGGUGCCAAACUUACACACCCCAAUGUAUUUCUUCUUGUGUAACCUCGCCAUUGUAGAUAUCACAUCCACUUCAACUUGUAUUCCUAAGCUACUUACGAUGACACUGACCCAAGAUCAUAAAAUCACAUUCCAUUGUUGCAUGACUCAGAUGUUUUUCUUCAUCUUAUGUGCUAAUGGUGAAAUUUUCACACUGACAUCAAUGGCUUAUGAUCGCUAUGUGGCAAUAUGUAGACCCUUACAAUAUUACACAAUAAUGAGGAAGACCGUGUACAUUGCGAUGGCUACUUUUGCAUGGCUAGUUGGCUUUAUAAAUUCCCUAUCACAUACAAUACUUACUUCCAUAUUACAGUUCUGUUAUUCACAUAAUAUCAAUAAUUUCUUCUGUGAUCUGAACUCAGUGAUUGCUCUUUCCUCUACAGAUGUCACAAGCAGGAAGAUUUUCAUGUUCUUUGAAACUGUCCUUAUAUCUCUUGUACAGUUUAUUCUCACUAUAAUCUCUUAUAUUUUUAUCUUCUCUGCCAUAUUGAAGAUCCGUUCCUCAGCAGGACGUAUGAAAGCAUUAUCCAGUUGCAUCUCCCACCUUAUCACAGUUAUAUUAUUCUAUGGACCACUUAUGUUCUUGUACAUGAAACCCGAAUCUGAAGAAUCUAAAGAACAGGACAUGUUACUGUCAAUGCUUUAUGUGGUUUUGGUUCCAAUGUUAAAUCCUUUGGUCUACAGUCUGAGAAAUAAAGAGGUUUGGGGAGCUGUUGUAACAUUAUUUAAAGAUAUAAAAGUAAAGUUCUAUCUACUAGACUCAACAUUUGGAUGA